AUGUUUUGCACGAGUGAAAAAGCCAAUGGGCGCCAAAUAGCGUUACCUCUUCGAGACAUGCCUAGCAGACCGGCAUCCCUAAAUCUUGAUGUUCAAGACGAGGAAAGGGAUAUUGGCGAUGCUCUGUUGUCGUCGGCGAGCAUCCCGAGCAGUAGCAGGACUUUUGUCGGGUUUCAGAACGGCAAGACGCCGCGUACAACGAGCUUGACACCAGCACACGCUUCCUCUCCCAACGUCUCGACACGCAGGACACCGAGUCCUGAUAUGACGCGCCCUCAAGGUCUCAAGAUAUCAGGGCCAUCCCUUCCUGCAUCCUUGUCGCGUUCUAUUUCACUGCCUCGUCGCGUAUCCGAACGAUCUACCGCAGAUAUCAGCGAAAUCGAACACGGGCACGAUCCCCAACCUGGUUUUCCGAAGCUGAACGUGCUUCCAAUUGGUCUUGAUUCUGCUGCGGUGAACAGAGUACAGCGGUGGGUUACUGGAAUUGCAGUAGUGGAUUUCGACAUCGAUCAAGGACCAGUGGUGUGUGCUGUCUAUCCGUCGAUGGCUUUGACCACAUCGGAUGUAUCUAAUAUAGCCUUUUCAUCUUUUCCCGAUUCUCCUCAGUUUGAGGAAGGAAGUCAGAUGCAUAGUUUCCGGCUUCGCCUCACGCACUCAACCUCAGCAAUUAUACCAGACUACCCAACUUCGCAGCCACUAUUCAUCAACGGAUUCUCUUAUUUUACUCAAUGCAAGGACCCGAGCAGUAGGAGGGGAUACAGGCAGCAAGCCCUUGUGCUUCUCACCCUUCAUAGCUACCCUGCUUUGUUUUCCCUCGUACUAUCUCUCCUAGGGCCUACACACUCCCGAGACGGCGGCGGCGGCGCUGGAUCAACGGACAUCGGAGCGCUGAAACACGCGUUCUCGAACUGGGAAAACUGGCCUGAUCAUAUCCCCGGUGAAAGCGUCGUUCUGACGUUUCUCGAUACCGAAAUCAAUGUUGAUGUUCCGCAUGGUGUCGAUGAGCAACUCUUCUGGUCGAACCCUGCCGCCGCUCAGGGAUCGUCGCGUAUCUACAUUCCAGCGUCAGCGCCGCCAGUCCACCUCCCUUCUAUGGCCGCAUUAAACGGUGGCACGCUCGGCUCACAGACUCCUUGUAUCCCCCAUCUGCUAAACGCCAUUCCACUAUUCGCCGCCUCUUCCCUUCUCCCGAAUUUGUGGGCGAUAUGGGAAAACCUCGUCUUAUGUGAACCUAUCCUGGUCUGCGGGGACUCGCCUGCCCUGGUCAGUAGUGUUAUUUGGUGGAUUGUGGAGCUGGGUAGAGGGCUCCCUCUUUCCCAUUCGCAUGACAUCCGUCCCUAUAUGACUAUAAACGACACAGACUGUUCAGCGCUGAUUAACGCCAAGCGUCCGGGCAAGGCAGGCCUGGUUCUCGGUGUUACAAACCCUUGGUUAGAGAAACAAUGCAUGCACUGGGGAUGCGCCAUCAGUUUGAGAGGAUCUGCCUUCGGCUGUCAAACCCCUGUUAUUGGGUCCCAGGGGCAUAAUACGCCUAUCGUGGAUAGCCCCAUAGGCACUCCCUCUUCUGUUGGGUCACCCAUCACUUUUCAGUCAGGCUUGAAGUCAACACCAGCGUCUUCAUCGAAGGCAAGGUUCAUGUUUGGUAUAGGCUCUGGCUCGGACCCGGCUAACGGGGGAUUCGGAUCGCAUGGGUGGAAGAGCCGUUCCUACAAGCGUUAUAUUUCCAAGGACCGAUCGCUUCUAAAGAAGCUAGAAGAUGCAUGGAAAGGUGGCAACGAGCGUGAACAGGUCGAAGCGACGCUGUUGCUUGCGCAGCACUUCAACGCACGUACCCGUGAAUUAUUGCUUCCACUCACGCGGUACCUGAACACCCUUAUACCAUCCCCAGCAGAGUUAGCAGCGUCUUCUCGCCUGCGAGGAAGUCCGCACCAAACGCCCACAUUCACGCCCUCCAUGGCUUCGUUGGUUACGCCGCUAGAAUCACAAUCGCCAGCGUCUUCUAGGUCUUCUCUCGGAACAUCCAUUUCAGCCGCCGCACCACGUCUCAAGCCAUUCUCCCGCACAGCGUUCUUUGCCUCGCUGAAGGACCACGGAUGUCCGCUACCCUUCCGAUCGGCUAAGCAGCGGAUACAGUUCUAUGAGCGAUGGCUCAAGUGCAAGGCUUUCGGCAUAUGGCUUGCGAAGCAAGAAGAGAUCGUACGGUCCGUCUUGCAGAAAGAAAAAGAAGGUGGAUACGGUUCGGCUCCUUGA